AUGGCGGUGUGGAUACCGCUGUCUUCCAAAAUGUCACCCCCAACCUCUCUGUGUUGCACUUUACUACGGAGAGGGCAACAUUCCUCCAUAAAAGUGCUCAAAUCCGUAUUAUCGUGUCGUAGACGAGGUUAUGUUGUGGAAGCUCAGCGAGAGACGGUGACAAGUGGUGUCCUGGUUAGCCCACUGGAUCACUACAGUGGCCUCAUCCGUGACGGGACCCUGCGAGAGGACGAGCACCAGAGAGCAGUAAUGGUUAAGCUGGACCAGCUGCACAAAGCACUCCACGGGUACAACAACACACCCACGUCAAUCUUUCAAAAGUUUUUCACUAAACCGAAGAUUCCUAAGGGUUACUACAUCUACGGUGAUGUGGGCACAGGUAAAACCAUGGUUAUGGACAUGUUUUACUCACAUGUGGAGACGGAAAAGAAAAAGAGGGUUCACUUCCAUGGCUUCAUGUUGGAUGUACAUAAACGGAUCCAUCGACUUAAGCAGAGUUUACCGAAGAGGAAAGCAGGAAAGAUGGCCAAAUCUUAUGAUCCCAUCGCGCCAGUCGCCGAGGAAAUAAGUGAGGAAGCUUGUCUGCUGUGCUUUGAUGAGUUUCAGGUGACGGACAUCGCUGACGCGAUGAUCCUCAAACAGCUGUUUGAGAACCUGUUUCUCCAUGGUGUGGUCGUUGUAGCGACAUCCAAUCGCAUCCCUGAAGACUUGUAUAAAAACGGGUUGCAGAGGGUCAACUUUGUGCCUUUUAUUGCUGUGUUACAGAAAUACUGCCAAACUCUUCGUCUGGAUUCAGGGAUCGACUACCGCAAGAGGAACAGACCUUCCGCAGGGAAACUUUACUUUCUUUCCAGUGAGCCUAAUGCAGAAAAGACACUUGACGAUUUUUUUGACGAACUGGCCUUCAAGCAGAAUGACAUAACGCGGCCAAGGGUGCUAAACGUGCACAACAGGAAAGUGGGUCUGAACAAAGCAUGCGGCACUAUAUUGGACUGCACGUUUGAGGAGCUGUGUGACAGACCUCUCGGUGCUAGUGACUACCUGGAAAUCUCACGUCUGUUUGACACAGUCUUCAUCCGACACAUCCCACGCUUGACGCUCAACAAGAAAACGCAGGCCCGGCGACUAAUCACGCUGGUGGAUGCGCUCUAUGACCACAAGGUGCGUGUGGUGAUUCUUGCUGAUCACCCGCUGGAGGAGGUCUUUGUUCUGGAGGGCGACCACAGCCACGAUGAGAGUCACAUCUUAAUGGAUGACUUAGGACUGAAAAGAGAAGAGGCCAGCAGUCUGUCUAUCUUCAGUGGCGAAGAGGAGAUGUUCGCCUACCAGAGAACUGUUUCCAGACUCACGGAGAUGCAGAGUGAAGAAUACUGGCUGGAGGGAGACCGCAGCGCCAAGACCAAAGCCUAA